AUAGUCAUGUGACAUAUUUCAAAAAUAUGGCGGGCGAAGAGGAUGAUGAUGUAGAGUUGAGGGAUUUGGUUGCUCAGACUUUAGAGUCUCAAGGUGUACUGGGAAGCAUUAGAGCUCAGUUAAGAGCAAGUGUAGUACUGGCCUUAGAAGAACAGGAAUCAAAGACGAAACCUCAUUCACUUGUUAACAAAAGAUUGACAAGUUUUCUAAAAACGAAAGAUGGUCAGAUCACUGUUGGUUUAGUUAGAGAAUUCUUAGAGUUUUUUGAACUGGAUUUCACAUGUUCUGUCUUUGAUCCAGAGACUAACGUGCUCAAAAGCUAUAAAGGUAGGAAUCAGUUAGCAGCUGAUAUUGGAUUAAAAGAUAACACAGAUACUCCAUUACUCCAUGACGUGCUACAGCAGCUAAGAAACGCUAGCCCUACUCCUGCCACUCCUCCUCAUCUCACGCCCUCUUCCAUUCCCUCGGCAACUCCUGUUACCAUGGCUACUCCCGUUACUAUAGCAACUCCCAUUACCAUGGCAACCAUAUCCUCAAUCCCUCCGCCAGCAGUUACGCCCAUCAGUUCGAUCCCAUCUCUUAAGCAACCCGAGGUAUCAGCAGUAAAACCUCUUUCCUCAAAUAAAGGGAACUUGUUUGCUGAUAGUAAGUUUCUAGUGUCUGAAGGGACUGGUUUGACUGGCGGUGGCUCUGAUGUUCUUGCUCGUCUUCUUGAUAGCAACUCUAAGGAUCCUCCAGGGACUAAUGUAGCAAAAGGUGUUGAAAGUGGAGAAGACUCCGAAGAAGAGGAUAAUACUAAUUUGAAGUAUGAAACUACUGAUCACUCACUCUCACAAGCAAGUGCUGGAGAUUUUGAUUACUCUGAGCAAAUUCAGUAGCUCUAUUUUAACUCUCCUCUUUCCUUUACCCCCCCCCCCCCUCUCUCUCUCUCUCUCUCUCUCCUCAUGCAUUAUACACAGUUUCAGUUUGGUAGUUUUAAUUUUACAAAAAUUAAUUUUUAAAUCAA